AAUUUUCACACGCACUUGGCCCACACCCCAUCGCAAACACCACCCUCAUCGAACAAAUGUUACGUAACUCGCUAGCAAAACAAAAGCCAAAUUUCCGGGAACUCAAUCCAGGCAAACAGCAAUCACAGCGCUACUGCCCUACAAUGCCAGCGCUCAUCCACCGACAUUCCUCUUUGUUCGAUGGCACUCGGCGUAUUGUCAGUUUGACAGAUGGCUGCCUGUUUGUAACGGGAGCAGGCCCUCGCACGCUGGGUGAGUACCCGUCGUUGCGAGUGCGUGCCAUGCGCACUCACAGCAUUGGUUCGUUAUGGCAACCACAAAAUCGAGCAGUUGAGAAACAGGGAGAGAAUUUUCCCGUUCUGGAUACCACGAUGUCACGAGAUCACAAAGCCACGAGAUGAGAGCACCAAGCAUGAUGGCACCAAGCUUUUGGCUAGAAAAUCACGACCUGCUACCGGACCCAUCUCAGUUCCGCGUUAUCCUCGUUCGUGUGUAGGGUUCAAAGUUUGAUACCGACCGGUGCACGUUAGUGGAAAUUGACUGUUUUUCCCAUUCUCUCCAUUGUGGGAGUUUGAUUUAAAGUUAAAUGGUGUUUGAAUGUUGAAAGCUGAGAAAGUUUACUAGGGCCGGCUGUCGAGCGUGAAUGGCAGCCGAAACUGUGGAAGGAUACGCAUGAAACUCGGAUAAUAUCGCGGCAUAGCUGCCAGUGGAUGGUGUCAGAAGGUGUAAGGUGUGCUGUUUUGGGUGCGCUAGGAUAGUGGGUUGGUGUGUUGUUAACAAGGUCAGGAGAUCAAAUGCGACAUCAGCAGCGACAGAAGAAAAUGAAAAAUCGUCUGCCGUGACUACGACGGACGGUGGCGUCUAGAGAAACCACGCUUGCUCUGAACUGAAGGGGAUGAAUGUGUGGCAAAGGGAUUAAACUGUUGUUUUCGGCACGAGUGAAUAAAGCAAUUAUUAUGCGCUUUUCUUCCUCCUGAAUGGGAGGCAAAUGAAGAAUAAAUGAUGAUGAUGUGUGACGUGAUUUGAAGUACGGUGAACAUAUUAAGUCAGCAGAGGCGUUUUCCAAGCAAAGUGCAGAGUGGGGGAUAUAAUUGCAUUUCCGUCAUUUAAAAUCCACUAAGGCAUUGCAGAGGAAGCACGGCUUACCGCCCGCUCACAUGAAGGUGUGUGUUGGUUGAUGGGGGUGGUUGAUAAAAUUUACAUAAUUGCAACCCCAAGUCGUGGCGGCGGGGACUAUUCAUGAAUAAAAUUCGAAGGCUUCAAAUACCACGAAAGCAUCCUAUUACAUCCCACGUUGAGUGCGAGGAAGUAAUUAUGUAAAAAAUAUACAGGUGAAUUACACGAGUGAUGGCUUGACUAAGUGAUACGUGGAAGAAACAUCCCAACGAAAUUGAAAUCUACAUCGUUUGUCUCAGAACAACAAUAGCAUACGAGCACAAUGGUAUCUUCCGUGAAAGAAGUAAUAGCAACGAAGCGUGGAUGCUGCUAGAGUGAGUUGACGUAAUGCGCAAACCAUACACAAUUGAUAUUCAUUAGUGCGGUUUCCUAUCGGCACGAUAUCGACGGUAUAUUCAUGAGAAGGAUGAGUUUGCCUUUUGGCUAGGUGUGUAUUUGCGGCAGUGUAUUGGCAGAGGCACAUCUGGAGGCUAGGAAUCACACUCCGAUGAAAGUGCACCGAGAGAAGCUAUUUGUUCAAUUAUUGUUGGCACCGAGAAUGCAACACACAUGGCCCGACAAUAGAAUGGUGUGAAGCAGGCGAAAGAUAUUAUCUGCAAAAUGCAGCUGUGUCAUUUUCCGUUGUGUUGAGUGCUUUUGAAGAUAUACAGCAGUAACAAGCAAAAGUGGUGGAAAAGUGGAAAAAAUCUUGAUUGCAUAAAACAGAGAAGCAAAAUGAAUCACCGUGGAGCCAGCACUAAUCUAGGAUUCUUUUACUGUGGAUUAAUCUUAGCAUCGCUGGGGAGUAGUUUAGCAACGAGAAUAUUCGACAUCGAAAGCAUACCGCUGGUGAAGUACAUUGCCGUUGCUGGACGUAACGUUACUUUAAGCUGCCCGGGGGUAAAUGAACACUCGCUGGUGGACAGUCUCACAUGGAAAACCAGCAUCACGGUAGCCGAGUUUGUCAACGGACUACCGCUAGCCAGUAAUAAUAGGAUAACACUGCUACCUGAUAAUUUUAGUCUCCACAUAAGUCCAACGGUCGCCUCGGAUACGGCCGAGUACAGCUGUCUGGUGAACGACCGACACAGUCCAGAAGCCAUCGUGGAUUUGUUAGUACAAGACGUUCCGGAUCCACCGGGGCGGCCACUGGUCGUCAGCUUCACGUCACGUUCGGUGCACCUGUCCUGGGCACAUUCACAGGAUCCCCGUAAUGCACCUGUAACGAAUUUCAUCAUCGAAACGAGGGUUGGCGAGAACGGUGGCUGGGACCAGGUGCCAGCAAUCCGAACGAAAAAUAAUGUGACAUCCCAUCAAGUGAGUGGUCUGUUGCCCUUCACUGUGUACAGCUUCCGGGUGAUUGCAAUCAAUGAGCUGGGACGAAGUCCACCGUCCAAGGAGUCGUAUUACUUCGUGACGCUGCGAGAAGCGCCAACGGGCAAACCGGUGACGACGAUUGCCCACAACACCAGCGCCAGCUCGCUGUACAUCUCGUGGAAACCACCACCACCGGACACGAUCCUGGGCGAGUUCCUUGGCUACCGGAUCACGUACCGCAAGCGGGACCCAAAUUCGGAGGAUGUCAAGGAAAUUUACAUCCGUGACAGCUCCGUCGAGAGCCACGAAAUCCACAAUCUGCAAACCUACACCCAGUAUCUGGUUUCAAUCCAGGUGUUCAAUCCGGAAGGCUUAGGGCCACCUACAACCGUUCUUGUCAUGACCGACGAAGGAGUUCCAAGUAAACCUCGUAAUUUAAGCAUUUUGGAAGUGACUUCAACUACAAUCCGAAUAAGCUGGCAGGAACCGGAACGCAAGAACGGCGUCAUUCAUGGAUAUCGAGUGUACUACGUGUAUCAGAAUCAAACCCUACUGCAUCUUCCCAUUUUGAAAAGCGAUGCCAUUCAGAACUCGAUUUACUACUACACUCUAUCCAGCCUAAAACCGUUCACCGAUUAUCGAAUCAUAGUUGCCGCAUUCACCAUGAAAUAUGAUGGUGAAACAACAGAGGUUUCCGUCCGGACAGACAUUUCCGGGCCCAGUGCGCCCAAGUUCGUCAAUUUAACCUGCUACUCUGAGGACGCCCUCUUUCUAGCGUGGCGAAUACCACAGCACUUCUACAAUUCGGUCAACCACUACAUAGUGAGCUACCGAAAUAUGGAUUACACACGAUCAAGGGAGAUCCGAAUAUCUGCCAAUGCGUCGAUCGUAGAGACGUCGGUUGUGCUACAAAAUCUGUCUACAGAUGCAAGCUACGAGCUGAAAGUUCGAGCUGCUUCCAUUAGCGUAAUCAAUCCAAAUAAGGUCAUUUUGGGACCUUACUCAGAGUUACGAAAGAUAACUCUUAAAGCGAACUGCGAUCAGCAUCCUCCACCGUCUCUGUACCAUCCGUACGCAGACUAUGAUCUGAUAGUUCUUGCAGGAGCGGUCAUUUGUUGCUUCGGAUUGCUGCUAGUAAUCCUAGCCAUUGUGCUGUGGAAAAAAUGCUUCAACACAACCUACACCAACGAAGCGGACUCCGUGAUCGCGGAUCAGAAGCAACAGCAACAGCAGCAGCAGCAAACGCAGAUCGACUGGAAGGCCACCUGCGAUACCAACGGGGUCAUCCAGACGACAGUGCCCGUGACGAAGAUCAUGCAGAAUGGCAACCAUCGACAUCUGACGAUCGACGGCGACUGAUAAAAGGUGAUCCACGCCGGUAGCUGCCUCGAUGGUGAUGAGGACCUCCAGCAGCACCGCUGGCAGCAGACCCGAAUCGAGACGCGAGUUUCACCCACCACCACCAUCCCCGUCUCCGGUUUCGGAUCCCCGGCGAGGCAUUUCUCCGGUACCACUAUGCUCUACAUCCCUGAUCUGGAGGUGGUAAUCAAUCCGGAAGCUUGAAGACUGUGUAGUGGUGAUACGCGAACCAUGGGACAAAUGGACGCAACUUGUACAGUUAGUGAAUUUAAAUGAUAUUCCAAGCACAUUCGGAUAAAGGUAUUGAGGGCGAGCAACAGAUAACAGGUAGGACAGAACACCGCAUGCUAGGAGUAAUGUUUUUUUCUGGGUUGAAGAUUCGUUAUUUUGAACAAAACAAGGUUUUAAAGAGAAAGAGGUAAACCGUGAGGAGUAUGCUUCAGGCUUGUGUAAAGUAUAGUAUUUUAUGGAUCAGCGAAUAGCAAAUGCGUCAAAAAAGAUACUUGCCAAUGAUUUUCUUUUUUUU